AUGCGUUUGGAGAGCUUCGGUUACUUGUUGGAGAGCCUGGUGCCCACGACACCGUCGCACCUUGAAGAGGGCAUAUUGGACUGUUGGGCUGUUUUGGCCCAGUGGACUGUGGGAAAACUGAACUGCCAGAACUGUGGAGCUCGAUUGGGCGGCUUCAAUUUCAUUAACCGUAGCGAGUGUCCCUGUGGCCUGGAUGCCACCGUCCACCUCAGCAAGAGCCGCGUGGAACGCGAUAUCAAACAUUACGUUCUCAUUGUCCAGCCGAAGAGGUCGAGGCCUGAGAAGGACCAGGCGGAUCUGCUGAUACAGCGCCCUCACAACAGCGAGGAGAGGUCAGAGAUAAACAGAACUGCCUUGGACAGUUUACAGCUGAACUGUGCCACUGUCAACCCUGCACAGAGCAAGAGUCUUAUGGACAAAUCUGUUGUUGAUUUGUCAAGGACAAGGGGUGAUGAGCCAACACAGUCACCUGUCUCUUUUCCCACAAGUCAGCACUUUGAGACAGAAGCUGACGCUUCACCCACCGCUGCCCCCUGUCUACGUGUCUCUGAGAGUGGACGGACAGCACUGGAUCAACAGCUGCUGCAGACUGUGGAGGAUGCCCAGUUCUCUGCAGAGAGCACAGCUGCUGAUGAGGAACGUUUUGAUUCAGCCCCGUUCCUUAGACGAAGACAUGUCUCUGACAGUGCCGCUGAGCAGGAGGAGGAAGUGGUGCCUCAAGCUUCCCAAGCUUCAAACAGACUGAGCAAAAGAGAGAAGAACCACCUGAAGAGUCUCCGAAGGAAACAGAGGCGGAGAGAGCGAUGGUUGCAUAGUCAGCUGGAGCAGGUGGGGAGUGUGAGCAGUUCACAGCUGGACAGUGAGGAGGAGGACAGAGAGGGCAUCACCUGUGCCGUGUGUCUUGACGUCUACUUCAGCCCGCUCAGCUGUCAGCCCUGUGGUCACAUCUUCUGCGAGCCGUGUCUUCGCACUCUUGCCAAGAACAGGCCAACACACACGCCCUGCCCUCUCUGCCGCGCGCUCAUCUCACACACCAGCUCCCACAAAGAGCUCGACCAAACUGCAAAGACACUUUUCCCGAAGGUCUACUACACCCGCAAACAAAACUUCCAGAAUGCCCCAUGUGCAAAGUGGCCUCUGCCCAGCUUUCACAAACACUUCCAUGCUUUCUGGGGAUAUCAGAGACGGGCAGCGACGCCAAGGAGGCGCUGGCACUUUGGCUAUGGAGGUUGGUUCUUUGGCAUCGCUCUGGUUAUCACGUGCUUCCACUCAUUCAACUUGAUUCUGAACGUCUCCUCAUUCAGCUGGCUUCUGGAAUUCCUCUCAUUCAACUGGCUUCUGGAAUUUCUCUCAUUCCACUGGCUUCUGGAAUUCUAUUCAUUGGACCUGAUUCUGGAUUUUCUGUCCCUCUGUUCCUUUUUAUUAUUUACUACUACUGGCUUAUGUUUAUAUAUACCUCUUUUUUAUAAUUUUGCUUCGUAA